CCUUAGCAAAUCUUCUCUUGGACUGGACAGCCCAGCCAUACCAUACCAUUCAUUCAUCCUUACCUACUUACCUUACAGGGACAUGACAAAAGUCAUCACCACCGCCAGUCGAACUACCUCUAGGUUAUCCAUCCCCCAUCCUCUAGGUUACUUGCUGUAGAUUUACAUUAAACUUCCCUUCCCUUUUCUCUCUCUCCCUCUUUUCCCUCCUCCACCUCCACAUCCUCCGCACGCCGCCUCUUCCUCCUCGCCCGGCUUCAAGUUCCCUGUCCCGUCUGGUCUGGCCUCGACUCGACUCGACGACUCGCUCUCCAUCCACGACAAAGCCCGUGCUUGCAGUUUUUUUUUUUAUUUAUUUAUAAAAAAAGACUACUACAACUGCAACCAUUCGCGGCUGAGAGCUGAUAACGAUUUCCAUCUCUUGUCAUCCCCCUCUCUUGUUUUCGAUCGGUUCCUUCGUCUAGCGUCUGCUUGCUUGUUGCACUUUUUUGCCCGUUACGACUUAUUUUCAUCUAUUAUCUGGCUUCUGGAUUGUUUUCAUCGUCUGCCGCCGGCCGGUUCUGGUUUCCCUCGGCGUAUCAAUCACUCAUCGAUCGUUUCGUCAUCCCACCGUUUCUAUCGCUUUCCCUCUCCGGCCUCCGCCGCCGUAUGACCCGCAAACCCCGUCGCACCCAUAUUAUCGAGUCUCCGAAGCCCCCUCUGUCGGCUCCUCCGUCUCCUUCACCGCUGCGCAAUCAUGGCUUCCUCUGUUCCUCGACGUAGGAAGCUUAUCGGUCAACGUCGCCGUGUUGAGGACGAGGGCGAAGACGAGGCUGGCCCGGAGACCCUCGACCUCGAUGACGAUUCCAUCACCGACGGCUCCCUGACAGACGACAAUGAUCCUGCAGAUGAUAGCGAUACCAGCAACAUUGACGAGGCCUCGCCAACGUCCCCGAAUGUGAGGAGGAAGGUCAAUGGCGCUGCCAAGCAUGCCGGCCAUAGCCAUAAGUCGGGGUCCGGUUCCGGCCCCGGCCAGAACGGCAAGCCUGUUACCGAUACGGACGUGAUGCUGCACGGUUUGUCCAUCACAGACCAAUCCCCCCCAGUACAGGAGAUGCAUUUUGACGAGGUCGUUGCCCCGUCACCCAGCAAGUCUCCUGCUGCCCCCAUAGUAGUGAGCUCAGCAGCCGCCAGGCCACCUGCUGCUCCUGCAAACAGACGUCGACAAGAGCACGAAGAUUACAAACGCAAGAGAGAUGAGGACCCAGCUUUCGUCCCAAACCGUGGUGCCUUCUUUAUGCACGACCACAGACAUGCCGGGCCCGCAGCAAAUGGAUUUCGUCCUUUUGGUCGAGGUCGAGGUCGAGGUGGCCGUGGUGGUAUUGGAGGCCCUUUUGCUCCCAUCAACCAAUUGCACCAGCCUGCGGACCCUACAACCAACUCUCCAUGGGCACAUGAUAUGCACGACACCGUCGUAGAGCCCGCACCUCCAGCACGCCCUCGACACAUGGUGGAACAGGAGGGCCCAGCCAACGGAAAUGGCUUCAUUCCGACAUGUGAUCCAAACCCGACUCCAAUCAACCGCACUCUCUCCACUGAGAAGCAUAUCGGUAACGCACAGGUUCGGGUGUCCCUUCCGUCUAUGACAGGGCCGGUUGUCAUUCCACGUCUUGCCGUGAAGCAGUAUACCAAGCUCCCCGAUCAUCGGCCACCUCUGCGUCGGGACAAACCCGUCCGUAUCUCGCUACCCAACAAUCCUCCUCGAUAUAUCUACCCUGCCGCUGACAGAUCUUUCAUCUUCAUCCCCCGGGCUAUGCGACCCAACCAGCAGCGAAUGCGAGGAAAACCUCGUUCUGGCUUUGGCUCUAUGGGUGGUUUCUCGAGACGAACAAGUGUUUUUGGAGGUAGUUACUAUGGCAGCGUGUAUUCUCCUAGCGUGGCAAUGAGCAGGCGGUCUUCCAUUGUGGACCGUGAUUACAUGUUUUCGCCCACAGGUUCCGCUAUCUCACGGCCCCCUAUCCCUGUUGAGAAUACGCGACCGGUUGUUCGACUACCUCCUGCUCCUCGUCCUGAAAUGCCAAUGAACACAAUGGUCCCGUCAAUGGCUGCUCCCGCCUCUGCUUAUGGGCCAGCCGAUCCUGCCUUUAGUGUCGAGAGACCUCACGCACUGGAGACAUCAAUCAACGAUCUGCCACCACCUCAGACAUAUCCCCUUCCUCAAAAGCCUGCUUUCCAGGAGAACCGGCCCACCUCGGCUCUGCCCAUGCAUCAGCCUCGUCCACAGAAGAACAUAUCUGUUGCUGAUAUCGAGUCACCUACCUUAACGCAAGGCCCCCAGGCUUAUCAGCAGGCCUUCCACCAGCAGGUGCCUAUUCAAAUGGCUAAUGGCCUGCCUCAAGAAUCACAUACUCGCCAGCCGUCUUAUCCAUCUCAGCAUUCUACUGGUACGCCUUUGUCUCAGAUUCCUGAGAGAGCCAUUCAUGCUGCUCCUUUCCAGCCAAACACUUAUGGUCAGCAACCUUACUACAACCAGCAGCCAUAUCAAGCGCAGCCUCAGCAGGGAUACUAUUAUCCACCCAACUACAACACUCCCAGUAUGGGACCGUCCAGUACUGCACCUGCAUUUGUGCCCAGCCAGCCAGGUCCUCCUGGCAGCUUCACGCCUCAGAAUCAGCCCGAGCAGCCUGUGAUGUCUAACAACGGCCCACCCCCUGCUCCCGGGUCCAGUCUAGUGGUCCAAGAAGCGAAUGGGAUGGUUUACUACUUCGACGCGUCACAGCUGCCGCCGGUUACCAACUAUUCUGGCUACCCUGCGCCUCAAGGCUACCAACCGAGUGUCAUGGGUAUGGGUGGCAUGGUGACACCCAGCCCUGACGGCUUCUACUAUCCCCAACAGACAUCCGGCAUGGUCUACUAUCCGCAGUAGAACUGGGGCAUACCGGGAUACACUUUCUUCGCUUGUCCAAACGCUUUCUACUCGUACCCGAUUUAAUAGCUACAAUUACGACUUUAUACCUACUAAAACACAAAAGUAUCUGCUAUUCUACAACAAAAGCCUUGCAGAGGCAAACAGAAGAACCAGGAGCAUGAUCAGAGGAUGGAUGAGGGCGGGGGAAGAAAUUACAACUUUGAUGUCAAGUCAUUCAUUGGGGGUUAAGUCCAUGCCUGAAGCGUGGCUUUAUUUUGUUUGAAUGGUUCCGGUUGAGGGGACAAGAUGGGUGCAUUACUAUAUAUCUUAACUCUACGAACUCGACAUCAUUACCUGGAAUGGAUUAACAGAUGGGAGUUGAAUGGGCAAGAGUUUCCUGAUUAGUGUUCUUUCUAUCGUUGGGAGACGGAGUUUGUCUUGGCCAAGGAUAUUGGAAGGAAGUGGAUGAGCAAGAGUUGGACGGGAGGUCUUUUGGGGGGCUGAAUUGCUACUGGUUAUCCUUUCUGCCUAGCAAUCCAUUUAUUCUCCCCAACACAGUCACACGUUUGCGCUUGACAGUUACGCAUGGAUUUGUGUUUUCAUGGCAAUGGUGUUUGGUGUCCAUGGCAUAUUUUAUACCUGAUUCCGUCUGUUAUUGGUCUUGACAUGGUUAAUUGGCAGUGGAAAACAAUGGUGAUAUCGAACGAAGAUGUAUCAAAUCAACUCACGAGAAGUGCCCUCUGUAAUCUACUUAUGGUGAAAUGUAGUUCAAUGAAGUCAACCAUAUCAGCAUCUCGGUCAGAUAGAUGAAGGCAAUACAGCAAGAGCACUGUAGUAGAGUAGUUUGUUUCUCUCUCCAGGCAGUGCAGACUCUGUUUUUUCCCUUGUAGCCGA